GCCGAAAAGAAUUUCUGGUAAUGCUGUUAAAAAGUAUAGGGAGAAGAAGAACGCACAGACGGCUUAUUUGGAGGAAGAAGUUAAGAAGUUGAAACUUGUGAAUCAACAACUUAUGAGGAGAUUACAAGGGCAGGCACUACUUGAAGCGGAAUUGUUAAGGUUGAGGAACACUUUGGUUCAACUUGAGGGAAAAGUUGACUGUGAAUUAGGAUCAUCGUCGUCGUCAUCUAAGAGUGAGGAGAAAUAUUGGUUAAGUGUACUUUUGUUGCUUUAUAGGGCACAGAUGCAGACGAUUACUACGAAAGCGUGUAAGGAGCUUGGUAUAAGAGCUCUUCCGAGUAAAUGGUGUUUGUCAUUACUUUUAUGGCUGGAGGAACGUUACGAGACUGUAUAUACUAAACAUCCUGGAUUUCAAAAGGGAUCCAAGCCUCUUUUGCCAUUAGACAAUCCCUUUCCCACGAAACUUCCUGACGAUCUUUUUGGUGAAAGAUGGGCGUUUGUUCAGUUACCUUACUCAGCUGUCCACGAAGAGGCCUCGGCCCCAGAAGAAAGAUUUGGCUAUGGUUCCGGGCUAGAUCUGGAUUUAUUAGGCAUUGAAAUCGACGAGAAGACGUUGAUCCCAGGACUCGCUGUUGCAUCUUCUCGUGCUCAAAUAUUAUCAGCUUUUAUGAAUGGAUUGGAGCUCUGCGCCAUCGAAGCAGACACUGCUCGCGCUAACCUGACUCUUUCAGUUGCGAUUUCGACUCGGUAUGUAUACGCGACGUAUCAGAAAAGUCCUACUUCGACUAAAGAAGCUGAAGCAUGGGAAGCAGCCAAGAAAGCUUCUGGAGGUUUGCAUUUCCUUGCAAUCCAAGAUGAGUUGGAUUCUGAAAAUUGUGUUGGCUUCUGGCUUUUGCUAGACUUGCCUCCUCCACCUGUAUAAUUAUUGCCACACAAUAUUCACAGAACAAAACAUAUAACAAUUUUUUUCAGUUUUUUU